CAUUACUAUGGAUUAUAAUGGUAAUGUCACUACUAUUGAUCCAAAUGGUAAUUGUAUUAGUAAUGGCAGUGGCAGUGUUAGUAGUGGUGGUGAUGAUAAUGGUGGCAGUAGCAGUGAGAGUAACAGCAUAUGCAUAUAUGAAGAAUUACCAUCACCAAAUUUG